AUAUAAGGUAAUGAUGGGCGCAAUCAAUGAAAAGAGCCGAAGAUCUGUCACACUGAUGAUCAGUGUGCCCUGAUGAUCAGUGUAGCCCCAGCAGUGCCACCUGUCAGUGCCCCAUCAAUGCCACCUGCCAGUGCCCAUCAGUGCCUCAUCAAUGCCACAUAUCAGUGCCUACCAGUGCAAAUCAAUGCUACAUAUCAGUGCCCAUCUGAGCUGCCUUUCAGUGUCAUCUAUCAGUGCCAGUCAAAGCCACCGAUCAAUGCCAAUCAGUGCCACCUAUUAGUGCCAGUCAGUGCCGCCUAUCAGUGCCAGUCAGUGCCGCCUAUCAGUGCACAUCAG